AUGCCAUCCAACCAAGGAGCAGUUGUUACAGGUUCGAGAAACUUGGAAAACCUUGUGUCGGUAAAGGAAACACCCUUUCCGCAAUUGGAAGAUGAUAUGAUUAUAUUGAAAGCGGUCGCGUAUGCUGUCAACCCGACAGAUUGGAAGCAUAUCUUGCCUGAGUCGUUCGCAUCGCACUUGACGUCCGAAAUCCUCAAAAAGCUAGGGCUAGGAGUCCGUAGUCUUGAGUGCGUGUUGGGCUCGCUUGGCUCCAGCGUCGGUUAUUUUGUUGGCAAAAGUUUUACAUUGAUUCAAAGAGGUGUCGUAGUCGGUUCUGAUGUAAGUGGUAUUGUGGAAUCAGUAGGUAAGAAUGUGACUAAUUUUGAAAAGGGCGACAUUGUAUCGGCAUCUCUCCAUGGUGGAAUGAAUAAAAAUGGUGGAUUUUCCAACUAUGUAAUGGUCAGUCCAAAUGCCACGAUAAAGUUUCCUAGAUCACAGAUACUGAGAAAGCCUUUAAGUGUAGGAAAACAUGAAAGUUCGGUCAUCGAUUCAUUUGAGGCCGCUGCCUCAAUACCUGUGGGUCUUAAAACUACUGCUUUAAGCUUUCAAUAUAAUCUUGGAAUUCCACCACAAGAGAGUGAGAAUAAAGAUGAUUAUCUCCUAAUAUGGGGAGGCGCCACAGCGACAGGCAUUAUCGCCAUACAAAUCGCAAAAUUAAUUUAUGGCGUCAAGGUGAUAACUACUGCAUCCCUGAAGCAUCAUGGCAAGUUGCAAUCAUUGGGUGCUGAUAAGACGUUCAAUUAUAAUGAUCUGGAUGUAAUUGAGAAAUUAAAAGAAGCAGGUGAACACAGAAUUAAAUACGCCUUGGACUGCGUAUCUUCGGUAGAAACCUUGCAGUCAGUUUAUGAUGCUACCGAGGGAUCACAGGAUGUCCGUAUCGAUAAUCUUUUGUUUUUGAACGAGAAAUCGAUAAAUGUGAAGAAAGGAAGAAAGGUUGUGUUCACAUCUACGAAUGGGUAUUUGGUUGAUGGGAGAACUCACUUCGGUGCCAAGGCUUCAACAGAGAUGAUAGACUCAUAUCUUGAAUUUUGGCUGAACUAUCUUCCCUCUGUGUUGGGCAAGCUUAAAACAGCUCCCUUGGAAGUACUACCGUUUGGCUUAGAGUCCGCGAAUGAAGGCUUGAAGUUGUUGAUCGAGAAUAAGGUUAGUGGGAGUAAGUUAGUGUUCCGGAAUUGCAAAGACUGA